ACAAUGUUUUGAGAAAACUCAGCUGGUGGGGAAAGUGGUCGAAGCCUGAAGCUAUAAGUACGACGCGCGGCGCGAGCGCCGACUAAAGCUCGCCGCUCUCUCAGACCAAUGUCACGGGCGCUCGUCUAACACUUGUUGCAUUAAUUACUUUCACAUCAAUGUGCAUGUUAUGUUAGUGUGUGUUCUUCUCUCUCGGAUUUAGCGCGACGUCAUUUUUGAAAGUUGAAUCUGUCUACAAUGACGACCGGAACAUCCCUCGCGCUGGCGGGCAGCUUAUUCGCGGCCAAGAACAAGUAUGUGGAGGACGAGAACAUGAACGCAAUACGGACAGGAAGGAUUUCCGGAAAGCGACGAGAUUAUGAAUGGCAGAUUGUGUGGAGAAACGUUCUGGCGUUUGUAUAUCUGCACGUCGGCCUUAUUUACGGUUUCUAUCUUAUUUUAACCGGCAAUGUCAAGCUAUGGACACCUAUCUUUGCGGUAUUAUUCACGCUCCUCUCCGCCAUUGGUGUGACCGUGGGCGCUCAUCGAUUAUGGGCGCACCGCGCGUAUAAAGCACGCUGGCCCAUGCGCUUGUUGCUCGCCUUGCUCCAGACCAUGGCCUUUCAGAACCACAUCUACGAGUGGGUCCGGGACCACAGAGUCCACCACAAGUACACGGAGACGGACGCGGACCCGCACAACGCGAGGCGGGGGUUCUUCUUCUCGCACAUCGGCUGGCUCAUGGUCCGCAAGCACAAGGAGGUGUUCGAGAAGGGCGCCCAAAUCGACAUGUCCGAUCUUGAGAAGGAUCCCAUCGUUAUGUUUCAGAAGAAAACGUAUCUAGUGGUGAUGCCCAUCCUGUGCUUCCUGCUGCCGUCGUGGGUUCCGGUGUACUGCUGGGGCGAGGACCCGUGGACCUCGUGGUACGUGGCCUCGAUCUGGCGGUACACGCUGUCGCUCAACUUCACGUGGCUGGUCAACUCGGCAGCGCACAUCUGGGGGAACAAACCUUUUGACAAGAACAUAGGCGCCACUGACAACGUGACCGUGGCCAUCUGUGCGGUCGGCGAGGGCUGGCACAACUACCACCACGUGUUCCCGUGGGACUACAAGGCGGCAGAGCUCGGCAACUACCGCACCAAUAUCUCCACGGCUGUUAUCGACCUCGCAGCUAAAUACGGUUGGGCCUACGACUUGAAGACGGUCUCUGUUCAAAUGAUCAAGAACAGAGUGGCGCGGACAGGAGACGGGAGCCACCCGUCCGUGCAAGAGACCAAGCAGGUGGACGACGACCACGACCACGCCCACCCCGAGAACCCCGUGUGGGGCUGGGACGACAAGGACAUGCCCGAGGAAGACCGGCUCUUGGUGGAAAUAUCACAUCAGAAAUCAGAAUAGCGGAUAACACAAAGGAAUUUUUUGGAAAGGAAGUUCAGGGGGUAAUUGCCUUCUACGACCCACAGUCCUACUAUUAGCACAGAAUAAAUAUUAGUACAGUCACGUCUGAAAAUAUCGGUACGAAAAAUGUGCCUAAAAUAUGUAUACACUACCUUAAUAUAUGGGCAAUAAAGUCGUGUAUACAUUUUUGGCACUUUUUUCGUAUCGAUAUUUUCAGACGUGACCGUACUAUAUUAGGCACUUAUUAACUUCAAUAUUUUCAAUCGGUAUCGGUAUGGCGAUUUGUUUUGUUUCUUUCACUUUUUUAAUAACAAAACAAAGUGAAUCCUAUUUUCUAAUAUUCACAUUUCACAGCUUUUAUUUAUGCAUAGCGUGGCGUCGCUCUCCUGUGUCAGCUGUGUUAAAUACCCAUUUUGUAAAUAAUAAACGCCUACUUGAAAGAGGGAAGGCUAGAAUUAUGGGUCCCAUAUGUUAAAAAUGUUUAAACGGAGAAAUGGCUGCCUCUAUCAUAUUUAACAAAUUUUUACUAUUUAACAAUAAUCGUUUUUCUACUUACUAGGUAAAUGAUGCCAAACUGAGAGUUUUAUUUGUAGAGUAUAUAACAUAACCAAGUGUUAAGUAGUUGUUGUAUGUGAUAUUUUAUACAUUAAUAUAGAUAUUUAGGAUCGAACUGGCUUGUCAAAUUACUUUUUUCCGAAAAGUCAAAACGAUAUUGAUCGUUUCCUGUUAUUAUUGUUGUGCUGAUGACAGCAUGAACUUUGCAGACAUUAAUCGCCAACGUAUGACAAACAAACAACCUUUUCUAAUAUUUAUAAUGAAUAGAAAAUAAGGCUCAAAAGUAAAUUAAAACUAGUGUAUUUUGUGGAUUUGGAAUACUCCUUUUAUUGUUUACUGUGUGUUAAAUAGCAAUAAUAUAAUGAAUACAGUCCGAUCCGCUUUUGUUGCGCUCAGCGCUAUUAUACACAAUUAUUUAGGCAAUUUUUGUGGCGCGAUACCCACCUACAGUUAGUAAACUUUUAUAUUUGUAAAUACCGACUUUUGAAAUUGAUAAUUAAACAGCAAUAGAAAAACAACACAGCGUUUACAGGAAAACAUUUUUGAAUAAUACAUUUGAUUGAAGACUUCUAUAAUUUUUAGUAACUUGCUCACUGAGAGUUUAUGAGAAUAAAUUAUGUUGAUUUUUU